AUGGUUGUACGCAGACUGUAUAGACUCAAUACAGUCUGCGUACAACCAUUGAACAAUAGUACAUGGGGUAGAAUCCAAGCUGUGCAGCGAUGCAUUUACCCUUCGGGUAGUACGCCGGCAUCAAGUUGCCGCGCGCUUACGAAACACCCGCGUCCACCAUCCUACGAUGCGCCCAUCUCGACAUUGAGGGCAUCGCCAUGGACCGCGAGGUCAUGCGUCUGCGCGAUAUGCUAUCGCCAAAGUUUGCCGAGCUCGUGUACAACGGCUUCUGGUUUGCCCCCGAGACUGACUUCCUGCUCGCCGCCAUCGCAAAGAGCCAGGAGCUCAUCGACGGCUGGGUCGACGUGGUUUGCUACAAGGGCGCCACCAUGGCCGUGGCCCGCUUCUCGCCCAUGUCGCUGUACGAUGAGAACAUUGCUAGCAUGGAGUCUGUCGAGGUGUACUCGCCUGAGGACGCCGGCGGAUUCAUCCGCAUCAACUCCAUCCGUCUCAGAGCGCACAGGGAGAUUAUCAUGAACUGCCCACCCGAGCGGCUGAGCGCGUUCAGUAAGAAGAACCGCGAGCUCAGCGGUACGUACGAGGCCGUCAUCAACACCAACGCCGCUACGGCUAAUGAUAUGGUGAAGCCCGCUCAGUAAACCUGUUUUCACCCACCGGUGUGUUCGUGAAAACGGUUGAAACA